AUGGCCCCUCGCAUGCCCAUCUCGUGCUGCCUGUCAAGCAGACCCGUUGCCGCCGCCUUUCGCGCUCGCUCGGCCACGCCUCCUUUAUCCUGCUCCUGCCUCCUGCGCACUGCCCUUGGCCGUGGCACACGACAGCAGCGACUCUACUCGUCCGAGGGCGGCCCGACUGGCAACAGGGACAAGGUCAAGUUUUGGCCCUUUAUCGCCGUCAUUGCCAUCGGUACGGCCGGGUACGUUGGGCUGGUGAACCGCCGCAAAGACAUGACGCGAACCGGCGGCGACCCCAAAGACCGGGACCAGCCUUCCCCUCACCCUCCGCCUCACCCGCCCGCCAGCUCCUCGUCGUCCUCGUCGUCCUCGUCGUCCUCGUCGUCCUCGUCGUCCGCGCCCGCCUUCUCCCCCUCCGACGUCACGGUGCUCUUCGUCCUCGGCGGCCCCGGCGCCGGCAAGGGCACCCAGUGCGCCAACCUCGUCAACAAGUACGGCUUCACCCACCUCUCCGCCGGCGACCUGCUCCGCGCCGAGCAGGAACGCCCUGGCUCCCAGUUCGGCGACCUCAUCCGGGACCACAUCAAGAACGGGCUCAUCGUCCCCAUGGAAGUCACCGUCCAGCUCCUCGAGAACGCCAUGGCCGAGGCCCUGCGGAGCAACACCAACGCCAGAAAGGGCCGCUUCCUCAUCGACGGCUUCCCGCGCAAGCUGGACCAGGCGCACAAGUUUGAAGAGUCCGUCUGCCCCGCCCGCGUCGUCCUCUUCUUCGACUGUCCCGAGACAGUCAUGGAGGAGCGCCUCCUCGAGCGCGGCAAGACCAGCGGCCGCGCCGACGACAACGCCGACAGCAUCCGCAAGCGCUUCCGGACCUUUGUCGAGACGAGCAUGCCCGUCGUCGAUUACUACGAGAAGCAGGGCAAGGUGAUCAGGAUCGACGCCACGCCUACGCCUGAUCAGGUCUUUGCCAGGACCCAGACGCGUUUGACCGAGGAGUUUGGCGACGAGUUUUGA